AUGGUGCUGUGGGAGUCCCCGCGGCAGUGCAGCAGCUGGACACUUUGCGAGGGUUUCUGCUGGCUGCUGCUGCUGCCGGUGACGCUGCUUAUCAUAGCCCGCCCGGUGAAACUCGCUGCUUUCCCUACCUCCUUAAGUGACUGCCAAACGCCCACCGGCUGGAACUGCUCCGGUUACGAUGACAGAGAAAAUGAUCUCUUCUUGUGCGACACCAACACCUGUAAAUUUGACGGGGAAUGUUUAAGGAUUGGAGACACUGUGACCUGCGUCUGUCAGUUCAAGUGCAACAGUGACUAUGUGCCUGUGUGUGGCUCCAAUGGAGAGAGCUACCAGAAUGAGUGCUACCUGAGACAGGCUGCCUGCAAGCAGCAGAGCGAGAUACUUGUGGUCUCGGAAGGAUCCUGUGCCACAGAUGCGGGAUCGGGAUCUGGAGAUGGAGUCCAUGAAGGCUCUGGAGAAAGCAGUCAGAAGGAGACAUCCACCUGUGACAUUUGCCAGUUCGGUGCGGAGUGUGAUGAAGACGCUGAGGACGUCUGGUGUGUGUGCAACAUCGACUGUUCUCAAACCAACUUCAACCCCCUCUGUGCUUCUGACGGGAAGUCUUAUGAUAACGCAUGUCAAAUCAAAGAAGCGUCAUGUCAGAAGCAGGAGAAAAUUGAAGUCAUGUCUCUGGGUCGAUGUCAAGAUAACACAACUACAACCACUAAAUCUGAAGAUGGGCAUUAUGCAAGAACAGAUUAUGCAGAGAACGCUAACAAAUUAGAAGAAAGUGCCAGAGAACACCACAUACCUUGCCCAGAACAUUACAAUGGUUUCUGCAUGCACGGGAAGUGUGAACAUUCCAUCAACAUGCAGGAGCCAUCUUGCAGAUGUGAUGCUGGCUACACUGGUCAGCACUGUGAGAAAAAGGACUACAGCGUCCUCUACGUCGUGCCCGGCCCCGUCCGAUUUCAGUACGUCUUGAUUGCAGCGGUGAUCGGAACGGUUCAGAUCGCUGUCAUCUGCGUGGUGGUCCUCUGUAUCACAAGGAAAUGCCCCCGAAGCAACAGAAUUCACAGACAGAAGCAAAAUACAGGGCACUACAGUUCAGACAACACAACAAGAGCAUCCACAAGGUUAAUCUAG